UUUUUAAUUAGAGGUGUGAAUACAAAUUCACAACAAAUUAAAAUGUCUAUCCUCAUAAUUUCGUAAAACAAUUAGCACAUGAACUUUUUGCCUUUUCACUAAUUACUAUAUUUCAAUAAUAGCUACUAUUACUUAAUGAGUUACAAAUAUACCUCUUGUUUCUUAAAAUUGAAUAAUUAAUGCCUUGGAGUAUGAGUAUUUGGGAUGAAAUUUUCUGAUGGACUAAAGAAUCUCAUGUCCAUACAUAGAUGGAGCUAGACUUGCAAUCUUGUGCUAGACUGCUCAGCACAAUCAACAGCAACCAAUCUCUCCCACAUGGAAAGCAACUCCACCUUGUUUUCCUCAAAAGGGGCAUCCUUAACUCUGCUCUAACAAUAGCUAAUCGCCUUCUUCAAAUGUACACUAAGUGUGGACAAAUAACUGAUGCAAGAAACCUGUUCGAUGAAAUGUCUGAGAGAAACUGUUUCACUUGGAAUACCAUGAUUGAAGGGUACAUGAAAUGGGGAAAGAUAAAUAAUUCUUUAGACUUGUUUCGUUUAAUGCCUAACAAGAAUGAGUUUUCUUGGAAUGUGGUGAUUCUUGGUCUUGUUAAAGCUGAGGAAUUGAGUGUUGCUAGAAGACUUUUGCAUGAAAUGCCAUCGAAAAACGAAAAAGUUUGGAAUGGAAUUAUUCAUGGGUACGCGAAAACGGGUUUCCCUGGAAUGGCUUUACACUUGUUUAAGGAGUUUAUAGACUGGGAUUUACAUGAAAUGGAUUCAUUUGUUUUGGCAACUGCAUUAGGGGCGUGUGCUGAUGCGAGAAGUAUUGAUAUAGGGAAGCAAAUUCAUGCUCGUAUUAUCGUGGAUGAAGUUGAAGUUGAUUCCGUGUUGGCAAGUUCUUUAGUUAACAUGUAUGGAAAGGGUGGUGAUUUGGAUAGCGCGAGCUAUAUUUUGAAUAGAAUGCAGAAUCCUGAUAACUUUUCCUUGUCAGCGUUGAUAUCAGCAUAUUCAAACUGUGGUAGAAUGGAUGAUGCUAGAAGGAUCUUCAAUCUGGUAACUGAUCCUUGUAUUGUGUUAUGGAAUUCCAUGAUAGCAGGGUAUGUGGUAUGCGAUAAAGUGUUGGAAGCAUUGUUGCUUUUUGAGGAGAUGCACAGAGAGGGAGUUAUAGGGGAUUCCUCUACAUUAGCUAGUGUAUUGAAUGCCUGUGCUAGUGCACAUGCCGUUAAAAAUUGUUUGCAAGUUCAUGUUUAUGGUUUUAAGCUUGGACUGUUGGAUGACCUUUUUGUUGCUAGUGCACUCAUUGAUACAUAUGCUAAAUGUGGAUGUCCUGAUGAAGCUUCCAAAGUUUUUAAUGAACUUAAAAUACAUGAUACCGUCUUGCUAAAUUCUAUGAUUACCAUUUAUUUUAAUUGCAACAGAAUUGAAGACGCAAGGCAAUUAUUUGAGUCAAUGCCCUAUAAGAGUUUAAUAUCUUGGAACUCUAUGAUAAUUGGUCUUAAUCAAAAUGGUUGUCCAGUUGAAGCACUGGAUAUUUUCUACAGGAUGAAUAGGAUGGAUUUUAGGAUGGACAAAUUUAGCUUUUCAAGUGUGAUCAGUGCCUGUGCAAGCAUUGCAUCAGUUGAACUUGGUGAACAGAUUUUUGCAAGAGCUGUUAUCAUGGGCAUUGAUUGUGAUCAAAUAAUUUCUACCUCCUUAAUUGAUUUCUACUGCAAGUGUGGUUUUGUUACUGAUGCCAGGAAGCUGUUUGACCAAAUGAUUAAAUCCGACGAGGUUUCGUGGAAUUCUAUGUUGAUGGGAUAUGCUACAAAUGGUCACGGAAAUGAAGCAUUGAAUCUAUUCCACGAAAUGAGAAGUGUGGGUGUUUCACCAACAAAUAUCACAUUUAUUGGUGUAUUGUCUGCCUGUGAUCAUUGUGGUCUACUAGAAGAGGGAAAAAAGUGGUUUUAUUCAAUGAAUAACGAUUACCACAUUGAUCCAGGGAUUGAACAUUACUCCUGUAUGGUAGAUCUUUAUGCACGAGCAGGAUGUCUUGAAGAAGCUAUGAACCUCAUUGAAAAGAUGCCAUUUGAGGCAGAUUCAAGUAUGUGGCUAUCCAUUUUGAGAGGAUGUGUAGCUCAUGAUAAUAAGAUACUAGGAGAGCUCGUGGCGCAACGCAUUAUAGAGCUUGAUCCUGAGAAUUCAGGUGCUUUCGUGCAGUUAUCAAACAUAUUUGCUACUUCUGAGGACUGGGAAAGAUCUGCUAUGGUCCGGAGGCUGAUGAUAGAAAAGAAAAUCCAUAAGAGUUCUGGUCGAAGUUGGAGUGAUAUAUGAGAAGAAGUGCAGGGUACAGGUCUCCGGAUAAUUAUUACAGCAGCGGGAGAAGUACAGUGAGUGAUCAUUGUUCAUGGGGAUAAGAAAGACCUGGUCUUACCUCCUAUAGUAGCAACAACCCAAGUAAUUAUUAUUCCUGCGCCCUUCAAAGGAUGCUGGCACUCGAGGGAUAUUUGAUGCAUGUGCUGCCGUGGUAGAAAACUUGAAUGAAUCAGGUAUUCAUGCUGAGACAAACUUCAGAGACAACUAUUUCUUGGCUGGAAAUAGUUUUGCUUGGAGAAUGAAGGGAACCAGGACAAAAAGGCCUUGCAGACAACCAGGUACAAGCUGUUUGACACUACAAUGCAGCCAAAUCAGAUAUUCCAUGGCUAAUGUAGUUGAACUAGUAAAAGAUAUGCUCACCUCUAUCCUCCAAUAAAAUCUAUUUGAUGUUGCGAAACAAAAGCUAGUUGCUUGUCUUCAGUUUGUAAGAGCCUGAGAUGAAUUUGAGGAAGCGCUGAACCAAAAGAUAUUGGUCUUGGCUCCUUGUGGAUUAUGAGGUGUGUACACUUUCAAAGUGGUUGCAUCUGAGGUUAAAUUGUUAUGUUCACUUCUGGAUUGGGUUCUUUUGUCUGAUUUUUGGGUCGAGAUAGUAAUAGUAGAGCUGUAAAACUGACAUAUUUGUGAAUAAAGCUCAACCCAACUUGUAUCAAA